AUGGCGGCCAACAUGUACCGAGUGGGAGAUUACGUUUAUUUUGAAAACUCCUCGAGCAAUCCAUAUCUGAUCAGGCGAAUAGAAGAACUUAACAAGACUGCUAAUGGCAAUGUGGAAGCAAAAGUUGUGUGCUUUUACAGACGACGAGACAUUUCCAACAGCCUUAUAAUGCUUGCAGAUAAACAUGCUAAAGAAGUUGAAGAAGAGUCUGAAACUACGAAUGAGGCCGAUUUGACUGAUAAACAGAAACAUCAGUUGAAACACAGAGAGCUCUUUCUUUCUCGCCAGUAUGAGUCUCUUCCUGCAACACAUAUCAGGGGAAAAUGCAGUGUUGCACUUCUGAAUGAGACCGAAUCUGUGUUGUCAUAUCUUGAUAAAGAGGAUACGUUUUUUUAUUCGCUGGUAUAUGAUCCAUCACUGAAAACACUUUUAGCAGACAAAGGAGAAAUCAGAGUGGGACCUAGAUAUCAAGCAGAUGUACCAGACAUGCUUGCUGAAGGAGAAUUAGAUGACAGAGAGCAGGCAAAGCUGGAAGUAAAAGUAUGGGAUCCAGAUAGCCCCCUUACUGAUCGUCAGAUUGACCAGUUUUUAGUUGUAGCACGUGCGGUUGGUACAUUUGCUCGAGCUUUGGACUGUAGUAGUUCUGUCAGGCAACCUAGUUUACACAUGAGUGCAGCUGCUGCUUCCCGAGACAUCACACUGUUCCAUGCAAUGGAUACAUUACAUAAGCACAGCUAUGAUUUGAGCAGUGCCAUUAGUGUUCUGGUACCACUUGGAGGACCAGUUCUAUGCAGAGAUGAAAUGGAAGAAUGGUCAGCUUCGGAAGCUAGUUUAUUUGAAGAGGCUUUGGAAAAAUAUGGUAAAGACUUCAAUGACAUACGACAAGACUUUCUUCCUUGGAAGUCGCUGACUAGCAUCAUUGAAUAUUAUUACAUGUGGAAAACUACUGACAGAUACGUACAACAGAAACGUCUGAAGGCAGCUGAAGCAGAAAGUAAAUUGAAACAAGUGUACAUCCCAACCUACAACAAACCAAAUCCCAAUCAACUAUCCAGCAACAACGGGAAACCAGGUGCAGUGAAUGGAGCUAUGGGAGCAUCUUAUCAGACACAGACCUCAUUAAUAGGCCGGGCUUGUGAAAGUUGCUAUGCCACCCAGUCUCAUCAGUGGUAUUCUUGGGGUCCCCCUAACAUGCAGUGUAGACUGUGUGCAUCUUGCUGGAUUUAUUGGAAGAAAUAUGGUGGCCUGAAAAUGCCAACUCAGACAGAAGAAGAGAAACUAUCUCCCUGUCAGACCACAGAGGAUCCCCGUAUUAGAACUCAUAUGUCACGCCAGGCUACGCAGGGUACUCCAGUCCGUAACACUGGUAGUCCAAAGUCUGCGGUGAAAACGCGCCAAGCUUUCUUCCUUCACACGACGUGUUUGACAAAACUUGCCCGUCAGGUCUGCAAAAAUACCCUCCGGUUGCGGCAGGCAGCAAGACGUCCCUUUGUCCCUAUUAACUGUGCUGCCAUUAGGGCAGAAUGUAAGAUGUUUUUAAAUUCCUAGCUUAAUGUGCUGUGCUUCCAACCAUUUUCUGUCUUUCAUUUUAUUUUCUUUUUCAAUAAACAUUUCUUGUCUACAA